AUGAAGAUACAGCUUACCGUACGUUUUACGGACUCAGGAGCAGGCUCCGAACCGUAUCACGACCUUUCCGUUCCAGUAUUGGUCAAUCCAAAACGUGAUGAUAUCAAUAAGCUUGUAAAUACGUCGUGGCUUAAAAUGGUUAUCCGAACACAAGUUGCUGGUACAGAACGGCGGCGGCUCCGCUUGAUUUAUAAUGGACGGGUCCUCAAUGACACAACCAACUUCAAAAACGAUAUCUUAGAGCCUAAGUUGCGUCAGCUUCGUGAGCUGGGCGAAAGCACUGACAUAGUUCAGUUUUAUGUUCAUUGCCUUGUUGGAGACGAAUUUACCAACGCACAGUUGGCGAAAGAGAAAGAACUUGAUCUGAAACUGCAGGAGGUCAGCACAGCUCCUCCUGUGGUUGGUUUUGACCGUUUGUUGCUGCAGGGAGUAAGCCCUCAAGAUGUGAAUGAUAUGCGGAGACAGUUUCACCAGAUCUACUCACCUGACUUGUUGCAAAACACAUCAGUAUCUGGAGUAAAUGACCUCGAAGAAGAUGAAAACAGGCAAGAAGCAAUACGUCAACUUGAGGAAAGAUGGCUAGAGGGGACUUUCAAUGACGCUCAUCCGCAAGCAGGGGGCGAGACUGGGGUUGCUCUUCCACCCAACGCUGCUCUUCGAGCAGCUGUGGAAUCGGAAGGUGCCCAUCACACGGAAGAUUUACUUAUAGGGCUCUUAAUAGGAGCAUUUUUGGGCAUUGUCGCAGGUGUCUUUCUAUUGAUGGAUGACACGAUGUUUAAUAAGACACAGCGGCUGGCGAUUGUCGCAGGAAUUGCGGGCAACAUCAUCUGCAUAUUUACCAGAGCUACUUCUGUGUGA